ACCAUCUGUGGAAGAAAAGUUAACUACUAAAUGAAAAUCAAUGCCUGGUUAACCUUACUUUAGCGUAAUGUUUUAAAUUUAAAUUCUACCCCUAAUUUGGCUAAUAUCUUGCUAAGGAUGAUUCAGUCAGGUUUGCUGAUAGUGAGAGGGGUUUCUGUGCUGCAAAACAAGUCUAUUAUUUCAUCCCUUUCAUCUCUAGGGACAAAUUUAACAGCGGUUUCGGUCUCAAAUACACAGGUACGCUGUUAUGCAGCGAGGAAGGGCUACAGGAAACAACGGGAAGCUAAGAAAGUGAAAAAAGAAAAGGUGAAGAUUAGCUUCUCGGAAAAGGUGCGUCUGGAGAAAGAGGCAAAAUUGAGGAGCCGUCAUGGAAUUCUAAAAUUCGACGACUCCAAGAAGCCUCUUCCAGUUGAUAAUGUGUGGGUUCAAAUGUUUUAUCAGUGGAAGGUUUACUCCUUCAAGGAAGCUGUACAAUGCCACAGAGAGACUCAUCACCCAGAAAUGUACAAUAAGCCCCAAGAGAAAUUAAAUGUAAGGGUAGAACUCAACAUGGAAGGUGAAAAAAAGACUCGUCUUUUGGAUGAUUUUCAUCGGGUGGUUGCAAUGCCCCACAAAUUCGAUAUGGGAGAGGAAAGAACCGUUUUAGCCCUUGCCAAGAGUCCAGAUAUUCAGGCAGUGGCCAGAGAUGCAGGGGCGACACUUGUAGGUGGGGUUGAACUGAUCAAGGAGAUUCAAACGGGAUCGAUAGCUCUUACGGAUUUUCAAACGGUCGUGGCCCAUCCCGACAUUCUCGUCGACAUGGUUUGUCUUAGGGGAUUGAUGAAAAAGAAGUUCCCAAACCCGAAAAAUGGAACGCUAAGUCCCGACUUAGAAAAAGCGAUUGAUACAUAUUUGAAUGGCUUGAAAUAUUCGGCUAUGAAGAAUCAAUUUGAAAAGGAUUUCGGAUUGAUCGAAACGUUUAUCGGAACACUGGACAUGGAUAUUAAUCAUUUGGAAGAGAAUUUCGCUUCCGUCAUUAGGGACAUACACAAAAUGAAACCGAAAAGGGAUGGGGAGUUUGUGAGAAGAUGUCUCCUGUGGAGUCCACCGGUGGUGGAACGUUUGAAAGUCGAUUACAGCGUCUAUUUGGAAAACGAUAAAGGUAAGGACGAAGAAACGGACGAAGACGAAGAAGUCGAAAAAGUUGCCGUUCAAUAAUUUUUAUUUUUGAUAAAUAGUUUUGUUCCUUAAUAAAAUAAUGUCUAAUG